CCCACACCCUGUUUUCUUACGCCAAGGAAAAGACGGCCGUCUGAUUGGUUGGCAUAAUUAUCUCGUCGAUUUAUAUCAUCCAACAGCUGUUAAUGAUUUACCGAGUAGACUUAGCUCGGUCAUUCGUUUCCGAGCUAAGUAAGAGAACAUAUAUAUAAACAACACAACCCAAUCUCUUAAGUUCGCCAGUCUCAUUCAUCUCAAUCUCCAUUCAAUUCUCUCCCAAGUCCCCGUGCCAAAACUUCCAAUCCCAAUGGCACCUCUUCCUCUCCUCCUCUUCCCCAUUCUCUUCUUCGUCCUCCUCGCAGCUUCAGCUCCUUCAUCCUUCUCCAAGCUCAAUUCCACCGUGACCCUCCACCUCAGACCCCUCGCCGCACACGUCCCGCCCAUCUCCGACCAACUCGCCAGCCUUGCUGCCUCUUCCCUAGCCCGUGUGCACCAUCUCAAACGGCCCGCAAAGGUCAACUCCUCAACCACCGCCACCUCCCUCGCGGUCAAGCUCCCUCUCUCCCCACACAGCUACGGCGGCUAUACCGUAGAACUCAGCAUCGGGACUCCCCCUCAGACACUGACCUUCAUAAUGGACACCGGCAGCAGCCUUGUUUGGUCCCCCUGCACCUCUCGCUACAAGUGCUCCCGCUGCACCUUCCCGAAAGUGGACCCAGCAAAGAUCCCGGCAUUCAUCCCCAGGGUGUCGUCCUCCUCUAAGCUCAUUGGCUGCCGGAACCCCAAGUGCGGGUGGAUCUUUGGCCCGGACGUCUCGUCCCAGUGCCAGGGCUGCGGCCCUGGCUCGAAGAACUGCUCCCAGGCCCAGGCCUGCCCUGUGUACAUAAUCCAGUAUGGUUCCGGCAGCACAGGUGGGCUCCUGCUGUCGGAGACGCUCACCCUCCCGGGCCAGAAGGUCCCCAACUUCCUCGUCGGGUGCUCCGUUUUCUCAUCCGCACAGCCCGCAGGCAUUGCCGGGUUUGGACGGGGACGGGAGUCGCUCCCAGUGCAACUGGGCGCCAGCAAGUUCUCCUACUGCCUCCUCUCCCGGAAGUUCGACGACACGACUGCCAGCAGCAACCUCGUGCUGGAGACGGGCUCGGAACCGAAAUCUAGGGGGGUGAGCUACACGCCGUUCCGAAAGAACCCUGGCCUUGGAGGCUCGGCAGCAUUCUCGGAAUACUACUAUGUUGGGCUGAGGAAGAUAAUUGUCGGAGGCAAGUCCGUGAAGAUUCCAUACAGGUACCUCGUGCCAGGAUCUGAUGGGGCCGGGGGAACGAUCGUGGACUCGGGCACUACCUUUACGUUCAUGGAGCGGCCAGUCUUCGAGGCUGUGGCAAAGGAGUUCGGGAGACAGAUGCGAAACUACAGCAGGGCCAAGGUCGCCGAGACCCAGUCCGGGCUGGGCCUCUGCUACGACAUGUCGGGCAAGAGCUCCAUAGGUGUGCCCGAAUUGGUGUUCCAUUUCAAGGGCGGUGCUAAGAUGGCUCUGCCUCUAGAGAAUUACUUCGUGUUGGUUAAGUCGCGUGUCAUGUGCCUGGCGAUCAUCACGGACAAUGUGGUCGGCCCAGAGGUGAGCGGCGGGCCGGCAAUUGUCCUAGGGAGCUUCCAGCAGCAGAACCACCAUGUGGAGUACGAUUUGGCGAACGACCGGUUCGGGUUUAGGAGGCAGAGUUGCAAGUGAUCGGACGGCCACUUUGCUCAGUCUCGGAGCCGGUGGAGUGGAAAAUGAUGGUGGGAAGGGGAAUCGAUGGGCCGUCUGCAGCGGCGUUCGCCAGAAAACAGGCUUAGGUGCGGCGGCGGCGUUUACGGCGGCGGCGGCGGCGGCGGUAGGGCCGUUAGUUGUCGGUACUGGGGAGAUAUAUUCUUUUUCUUGUUUUCUUUUUCUUUUUAAAUAUAUAAUUAUUAUCUUCUAAAAAAUUGGGACGAUAAUAGUAUUGCCCUAAAAAAAUGAAUGUGGCUGCAAAAAGUUCAAUGAUGGGUUCUCUUUUGUAACGGGGAAAUAACACAUCAUUCAUCUUCCUAUUUCGUAUGGUCACUCCAGCUGUCCAUUAGUAGAAAUUUUUAUGAAUUUAUUGCCCAUUGAUUAUGUGAUUCA